AUGUCAGAGCCCAACUCGGAGAGUCCAGCUGCUCGUAAAACACAAAAAAAAUUACCAAAAUGUGUGAACGAACCUGUUCAAAUCGAUCUUCCUACUUACGCAGCUAGUUAUUCCGGUCCCAUCAAAUAUCUUAGGCUUCUCUUUAUAGCACAAGUCUGUCCUGUCUUGAAGGGUCAGGCUUUGAAGCUGGCUCAUGACUACAUAAAGGCAUCAACACUCAAUGUAUCAGCCUAUGAACAGAUAUUUGAAGUGCUUCUUCACAGCUUUAACGAAAAGCUUAGUUCCGGUGAUCCAUCUGGAGGAGAGACCCCGGGCAACGACAGGUUAACCUCGGCGAACGCCAAAGUUGUGAAAUCUGGCCAUAAUGAGGCUGGUCUGGUAUAUGAUGAAGAUUGGGUGGAGAAAACUACUCUACGUGCCGCACGGAAUCGUGAUGAACUUGAAACCGAGCUGAAAAACUUUAAAGUAAAUGCCAUCAAAGAAUGCACUCGGUAA